AUAAAUCCUCAAUCGACAAAAUAUACAUGCAUGCAUUACCUCCGAACCUCGUAGGCGGCGAACAAAGCUAUUGAAUAGGAAGAUGUGUGUCUCCUCUAGACCAAGUGGAUCAUGGGUGGCGCUGGUACUGGUUGCUGCAAUGUUCUUCUUAGGUUGUGCAAGUGCACUAUCCAUCAUAAGACCGAGGUCUGAGAACUCAGAUAGAAUUGUUGGGAUACAUCUUGGCACCACCUGUUCUUCUGUGGGCGUUUACAAGAGCAAUCGUACUGAAAUUGUACGCAAUGAGCAAGGAAAACGCACCACCCCUUCAUGGGUUGCUUUCAGUAACAAUCAGACAUUAAUCGGUGAGGCUGCAAAGGAUCAGGCAACAUUUAACCCGGAGAGGACUGUAUACCUAUACCAUGUCACAAGGCUUAUCGGAAGAGAGUUUGACGAUGAGGAGGUUCAGCGGGCUAUCGAGUCCUUGCCUUACAAAAUUGUUAACAUAGAUGGGAAGCCAUAUAUCAAAAUCAUCAUGGAGGAUGGAGAGACUCAGUUCUUUAGUCCUGAGGAAAUAAGUGCCCUGAUCCUGGUUAAGAUGAAAAAGAUUGCAGAAGCUUUUGUUGGGAAGGAAAUCAAAGAGGCUGUGCUCACUGUUCCUGCAUACUUCAAUGAUGCCCAGAGGAAGGCAACCAGCGAUGCUGGUUUUAUUGCUGGAUUAAAUGUUGUCGAUAUAAUAGACGAACCAACUGCAGCUGCCAUUGGGUAUGGAAUGGAUAAAAGAGGCGGUGCGAAGAACAUCCUGGUCUUUGAUCUUGGUGGUGCAACUUGUGAUGUCACCAUUUUGGCUAUUAAAGAAAGUGUUUUUAAAGUCCUUGCCGCAACUAGAGAUCAAUAUCUAGGAGGUGAUGAUUUUAUCAAUUUGAUCAAGAAAAAACACGGAAAGGACAUCUACAAUGAAAACAGAGUUCUUGAUAAGCUAAGGAGAGGAAUCGAGGGUGCAAAGACAGCGUUGAGUAGGUUUAUGCAGCAUCAAGUCCACGAAAGAACUGAAUCACUGUUUGAUGGAACAAAUUUCUCUCAAAAUUUAACUAGGGUUCAAUUUGAGGAGUUAAACAAUGAUCUGCUCCGGAAGACAAUGGUUCUUGUCAAAAAGGCCAUGGAUGAUGCAGGGUUGCAGAAACACCAGAUUGAUGAGAUUGCUCUUGUCGGUGGAAGUGCCGGGAUCCCAGAAGUGCAACAACUCCUCAAGGACUACUUUAACAGAACAGAACUCAACGAGGAUGUGAAAUUUAAUGUAAACCCUGAUGAAGUCGUUGCAUAUGGUGCUACCAUACGAGGAGAAUUUGUUAGAGGUGAUGAAGAGUUUGAAGUGAUCGAUCUGUUACCAGCAAUUCCAGUUAGCUAUGGGAUUGAAACCGCGGGUGGGGUGAUGACAGAGUUGAUCCCUAUAGGCACUCCAGAUUUUACCCCAAUCAGAAGAUCACGUAUUUUUACGACAAAGCAUGAUCAGCAGACUACUGUGUCUAUUAAGGUGUUUCUAGGCGAAGAUAGAUUUACAAAGACAAAGAAUUACAGGCUACUCGGAAAGUUUAGCCUCUCUGGAAUACCACCUGCCCCAAAGUUUGUACAUUGA